AUGAACUUUAGAAACGUAAUCAACAUUUGGAGUUUGAUUUUCUUGCUGUUUUUGGCAGAUAGAAGAGUAAUUUUGGCUAGUACUCAACGUUAUAUUACGUGGGAUGAUAUUAAAGUGGAUUCUAGUUCAUUAGAUUUGACAAAUGAAAGAUCGCGCAAGUCUCAGGGAGUGAUCGUAGUUGAUCAAAAUGGUAAUGGAGACUCUGUUACAGUUCAAGGUGCAGUUGACAUAGUCCCUAUCCAUAAUUCUCAAAGGGUUAAAAUUUUCAUUCGUCCCGGAACGUACAGAGAAAAGGUGUUUAUUCCAGCUUCAAAGCCAUUUAUCUCAUUCAUUGGUGAUGAGAACCAAGCUAGAAAAAUCAUUAUUACUGGGAAUAGCAAGGCCUCAGACAAGGACAAAUAUGGGAAUGUGUUGGGCACUUACAAUACAGCCACAGUCGCUGUAGAAUCAGAUUACUUUUCUGCAACUGGUAUCACCAUUGAGGGUUGUGAUCUUUAUUCUGUAGCCGAAGACAACAUAGGAAUAUCAGGAGCAAUUGCAGCACACCAAAGAAACUCAGCUGAUGAAGAUAGUGGAUUCUCAUUUGUUGACUGUAAAAUAAGUGGAAGUGGCAGUAUCCUUUUAGGCAGAGCUUGGGGAGAAUAUUCACGGAUUAUAUACUCAAAUUGCUAUUUUGAUGCUCUUAUAACUCCAGAGGGAUGGUUUGAUUGGAACCAAUUAUCUAGACACAAGCAUGCAGUGUUUGGAGAGUACAAGUGCAAGGGCAGAGGAGCCAAUAGAAAAGGUCGAGUGGAAUGGUCUAAAUCUUUAAAUAAAACCCAAGCUCAGCCCUUCCUCAAUACAAAAUUCAUUGGCGGAGAGCAAUGGCUCAGACUCUAGUUUCGUAAUGACUUUGACAAGUGCAACAAUUUUGAACAAAAAUUUUGUGACAUAGCCACUGAUCUUUUCA